AUGAAGUCAGAUUCGAGCCUGGCUGAGUAUCCGGGAAAUGCUAUUGCGGUAGUUGGAAUGAGCUGCAAAGUACCCGGUGCUCAGAGUCCGGAUGAAUUCUGGGAUCUGCUUCGAAAUGGUAAAUGCAUGGCUUCAGAAGUCCCACAAACUCGCAUUCCGCUUCAGAGCCAUUGGCGAAGUCAUGGGAUGGCAUCCAUGCGCGGCAACUUCCUCGACGAAGUUGAUGUCUUUGACCACCAAUUCUUUGGCAAAUCUAGCCGUGAGGCUGCUGCCAUGGAUCCGCAGCAACGUCUCCUUCUCGAGGUCACCUACCAUGCAUUGGAAGGGGCGGACUAUUUCAGACCGGGCCGAGAACGCGAUAGCAACAUCGGAUGCUACAUUGGAGGAUUCUCUAACGAUUACAUUGACAACCUCGCCAGCCAUCCCGCGGGUGCGUUUACAGCGCUUGGCUGUCUCAGGUCAUUCCAGACCGGCAGAGUUAGCCAUUUCUUUGGUUGGACAGGGCCGUCCAUAACAUUCGACACUGCUUGCUCCUCUUCCACCGUCGCGAUCGACGCUGCAUGCAAGGAUAUCCUGCUCGGGAACUGCACGGCUGCAAUCGCCGGUGGUGUUUCCGUCAUGACAAGCCCCUAUUUCUAUCAGAACCUUGCAGGGGCUUCGUUCCUCAGCCCAGAUGGGACACCGCGUCCGUUUGAUGCUGGCGCCAAUGGAUAUUCAAGGGGAGAAGGCGUUGCUGUUGUUUUUCUCAAGCGACUGAGUGUAGCAUACCAGGAAGGCGAUCCAAUUUUGGGGGUCAUUUGCUCUUCGGCUGUGAGACAAAAUAGUAACAGCUUCCCAAUAACCGCCCUGGACCCCUUGGCUCAGCAAUCGUUAUAUAAACAGGUUCUAGCCUCAGCACGAAUGCAACCAGAAGACAUCAGCUACAUUGCGGCUCAUGCUUCUGGUACCCGCGCCGGGGAUGGACAGGAGUAUCAUGGAAUCAAGGCGGCAUUCGGCGAGACUGACCGCGAUGGUCCCCUCUUUGUUUCCUCUGUUAAGGCAAACAUUGGACACACCGAAGGAGCCUCUGGGGUGGUAGGACUAAUAAUGAUAAUACUUAUGAUGCAGAACGGGAAAAUUCCACUGCAGGGCAGAUUGGAGAAACUGCGUCCGGAUAUUGAGCAGUCCCCGGGAAAUAUUGUGAUACCCCGUGACACUCAACCUUGGAAGGCAUCGCCCAUGGUCGCCUGCUUGAAUAAUUUUGGCGCCUCGGGAAAUAUCACGGCGCUGAUUGUGAAGGAGUCACCGCGGCAUAUCACGGAACAAAAACAACAAACUGGGGAAGCCUCAGACUCUUCCUAUCCGAUAUGUAUAUGUGCGCACAGCCUGCAGAGUCUACACCAUAAUUGCAGAGCAAUCCUCGAAUGGGUUUCAAACAGCACAAAGAACACCAAGCUACGGGAUAUCGCAUUCAACCUGUCGCGUAAGGCAAAUCUAUCUUUGCGCUAUCGAUGGUCCACAACGGCAACAACAGCGUCUGAACUAGCAAACAAUGUUCAGACUGUUUAUGCGCUUGAAGACCAUGAUGCGCUAGGUCCCAAACAGCCGCAGCCAGUCAUUCUCCUGUUUUCAGGCCAAACGGAUACCGAUAUCUAUAUUGACCGACAUAUCUAUGAGACAUGCGUGGCUUUUCGUCGUCACCUUAAUGAAUGUGACGAGACUCUAACAAGCAUGGGAGCGAUGAGUCUCUUUCCUGGCUUAUUUGAAGGCGAUGAAUGUCACAGCAUUACCACUUUGCACACAAGGACAUUUGCGAUUCAAUACUCAUGUGCCAGAACGUGGAUUGAUACUGGACUCUCAAUUGCUAGAAUGCUUGGUCACUCGAUUGGACAACUCAUUGCUCUAUGUGCAUCUGGCGCAGUAUCCUUGGCUGAGGGUAUCAAGCUCGUCCUUGGUCGGGCACGCUUAAUCGAAAACAAAUGGUCGUCCGAAAAGGGGGUCAUGUUGGCAGUAAAAGCACCCUACACCCAAGUCCAAGACGUACUCGAGCAAUGCCGCCAGGCUGGCAGUCAUAAUGAUCUUGAAGUCGCCUGUUAUAACGGGGCGACUAGCUACGUGCUGGCUGGAACAGAGAAGGCAAUUGAGACAGCGGUAGAAGUCCUGAAAAUGAAACAGAUCAAACACAAGCAUCUCAAUGUCACGCAUGGAUUCCACAGCAGUUUAACGGACCCAAUACUUCAAGACCUUAUGCAACUCUCAUCCAAACUCACCUUCUCGCAGCCCGGGAUUCCAGUGGAGACAUGCUCAUUCUCGAAAAGUUGGGAAGUUCCUACCCCUGAAUUAAUUUGCGACCACACCCGUGGCCCUGUGCACUUUGAAGCGGCAGUGCAGAGAGUGGUAAAUGAGCUCGGUGCCUGUACUUGGCUAGAAGCAGGAUCAGGGUCCUCAAUCACAAAUAUGGCUUUUGCUGCGAUGUCACCAGAGAUGCGCGCUGGCAACAACUUCCUCGCGGUUCAAUUAAAACCAUCUCAGUCAGCCAGAUCUAUGUCUGAUGUGACUAGACAGCUUUGGAGUGGUGGCCAAAAUGUUCAAUUCUGGCAGUUUCACGGUGCACAAUUGGGGAACUACACGCGCAUCAACCCGCCACCCUAUUCAUUCAUGAAACAUCGACAUUGGUUGGAAUGGAAGGGCUCGAAGACUAUACCAUCCGAGCUUCACCUUGCCAAUGAGGAAACAAAUUCCACUGGCGCCGAACUGGUUCAAAUGACGAGCACAGAUGAAACGGUCGAAGGUUCCGCAACGUUUGCGAUCAACUUUCAAUCUCCAGAGUGGCUGUUGCUUAUUGGCCAGCAUGCACCCGGCGGAACCGGUCUCUGUCCAGCUUCUCUGUAUGCUGAGAUUGUUAUUCGUGCGACCAGGCAACUCAGACCAACAGAAACACGGCUUCGAAACUCAUUUGGGGUUGUCCAGAAUCUCGUUAUAUCAAACCAUAUUGGACGAUCGGAAGGCAAUAUGCUCAACUUGGUCCUGCAGGCGACAUCGUCAACGAAAAAAGUUUGGAGGUUUAGUUUUCAGUUCGACGAUGAUAACGGUCACGGCCAAAGUCGACACGGCCCUCAUAUACGUAACGCGACAGGGCACAUCCGUUUCCCCGACGGUGAAGAUGACCCGAUGAUAUAUCUGCAGCGAGCAUGGGAUCUGAUCACACUGGAUUCGACCUGGGAUGCAAUUGAACAACAGGGAAAACAUUACGCCAGGAACUAUAGUAUCGACGGAGAUGUGAUUUACCAGUUGCUGAGGCGAAUAGUCAACUACGGCAAGGUAUAUCGUGUCAUCAGCAGCUUCCAAUCGGGCCCAAACUAUGCAAGAGCCUAUAUAAAAUUGCCGCAGGACUGGCAGCAAUUCUCGAACAUGAAUAUCAUUCCCCCGGUGUCAAUCGAGGGAGUUCUGCAGGUUGCGUCCGCACACGUUAAUUUGUUCGUGCCUCGCACUAGCGCAGCUGGAAUGUUUCUCUGUACUAGGAUCAAAUGCAUUCAACCUAGUCAGCAAUUCUCAUGGGAGUCAUUUUCUGCUGGAUGGCAUGUGGUCGCUAUGGUGGUCGACGAAGGUGACACGUUCGUGGAAUAUGAUAUAAUGGCUUUCGCAGCAGAUACUGGACGUCUGGCAUUAUUGAUCCACGGAGUCGGAUUUUCGUACGCUUCGGCAGUGGAUAGUUUGCCGAAUAUCGCUACAUCUACUCAUGACACUAUCCCAAACAUCCCUUCCCAGGAGUCAUGGAAUGGAAAUAGCACAGAGUCUGAUCCGGGCUACGAUUCCAUGAAUGAGUCUGCGAAAGAUUCUAUAAAUGGGCACGUUCAUAAAGAAGAAAAUAUUACAUUGACGGCCCUACGUGACAUUCUUCGUGGGUUCACCAACAUUCCGACGGAAGGGCUAUCGGCCUCAAUCUCUCUUGAAAGUCUAGGCAUCGACUCCUUGGCUAUGAGCGAGAUCCAAUAUGUGAUCAAAGAGAGAAUUGAUGUUGAUCUUACGAUUACGCAGGGCAGUGGCACUACAGUUGGCAAUCUGUUGAACAUGAUUAACAGACAGUUUACAUCGGAUACUAGCCCACCCCAGAAAUCGCACUCGAGAGAACAUUCGCCGGUGACUUCCCGUUUGCAGGGACUUAUCGAAGCUCAUUUAGGCCUUAUUGAGCCCCAUUGA